AGCUUCUGAAAGCUGUCGGUUGGUGGAUUUGUAGUUUGUGUCGCAUUGUGUUUUAAUUGUACAAAUUUGUAAAUUAAAAUUUGUUAUGAUUCUUAUGGAAACAGACUAGAAAAUGAACAUGUCCGCCUUAUUUGCGUGCUCUAAGUGUUUCUCGAGGCAUCCAUUCGAGGAACUCUCCGUUGGCCAACAGUUGUGCAAAGAAUGCCGUGGCGCUUUUCCAGUUGUGAAGUGUACUUACUGCAGGUCUGAAUUUCAGCAGACAAGUAAAGGAAGCCCCAGUGCAAUUUGUAAAAAAUGUGAGCAGAAUGUAAAGCAGUUUGGUAAACCUUCAGCUUGUGAAUAUUGCAAUACAAUAGCAGCAUUCAUCGGGAACAAGUGUCAACGUUGUACCAACUCUGAGAAGAAAUAUGGUCCUCCGGUGACUUGUGAACAGUGCAAACAAAAAUGUGCUUUUGAUAGGAAAGAUGAAGAUAAGAAGGUCGAUGGAAAACUUCUUUGUUGGCUGUGCACACUGUCAUACAAAAGAGCUCUUGCCAAGACAAAGCAAACAGAUGCCGAAAGAAGAGCUCACCUGAAACUUGCAGCUCAACGAGCCGCAAAGGGGAAAGAUAUUAAGCACAAAAGUCACAGCAAGCGACCGCACCGUGUUGAUGUUACUAAACUUACUGCUGCUCCAGAUGGCAUGGACAAAUCAGAUGGCAUUCCUCCAGCUAAACUUGCUCGCUCCUCAGGAAACAGUAGGGGAGAUCCACUUGAUCCGAAUUCUUCAGACCAUGUUGUUGCGAUGACACAGCUCAAAGAACAAAUUGCAUCUCUGCAGAAACAGCUCACCCAAAAGGAUGCCUUGCUGCUUUCUAAAGAUAAACAGAUGACAGAGCUCAAGGCGAAACAUUUUACCACUGAGAGUGAGUUGAGGAAUAAAAUGAAGACAAUGCAGAAGGAGCAUGACAACAAAGUGGAACAGUUACACUUGAAGGUUAAAUCACUGCAGAAGGAAGUAGCAACACUUUCCAAGAGCACAAAGAGGCAAGGUCUACUUGCAAAUAAGGAUGGUCUAAGUGGUGGUGGCACAGGCAGCGGUAGUGGCACCGACAGUCCGUCACUUGCUUGAUUUAUCUGCAUCAGUGACAUUCCCAUGACCAAAGGCUCCAUAACAAGUCCAUCUGAUCUAUUUUAUUGUGGUAUGUGUAUUGCAUUUCUUCAUUUGGCACAGUGAAGAGGGACAUCUGUUACUCAGUUAUUUUUUGUGAACUGUAAUCUCUUAAGUCUUUUAUGACAAGCCAAGACAUACCAGAAAGAUUUAAUCCACAUAAUCAUACCUGCAAAUGUACUGGUAGUGAUAUACCAGGUGUCAUUUUUAUCUUUUGUGAUGCUGAGCAUGUGUUCUUUAUCUAUUGGGCAUCCAUCACAGACAUUUUGAACUUCAUUGGGUGAGUUUUUUUAAAAAAAAAAAAACACUUUUAUGUUUAUAUUUUACCAUUUGUGAUUGCAGUUUUUUACUUUAUUGUACUAUUCAUGUGAAUUUUUUUUAAAUAUUGCCCUUACCAUACUUUUGAUGAUUUUAGUAAUUUAGCAUAUUUUUAUAGUUUCACACAUUCAGAUCAAUCAUAAAAAAUGUACCUGAAACUAUUCUAGAGUCCAGCCCUAGAAAAUCAUUUUACCUUUUCAGGCCUUUAGCAACGGUAUUUAGAGUUUUUUAAGAAAAUAAUGCAAAAAAAUAUUUGUGAUGACAUGUAGUUUUGGCUGUUAAAAAUAUAAAGUUUAUUGAUACAAGUGAUACACUAACUUUGGAGUAUUUAUUUGUAACAUCCCCAUGUAACUCAUUCCAACCCUUUAAGUCAGGUUGGUGCCAUUUCUUACAAGUGAUUUUGAAUGUUACAUCAUAACAUAAAUAUUAAUUACUUUUAUAUAUUUCUCAAUUGUGAUGAUGUGCCCUGAAUUGUAGGGGCAAGUAAUUUAAUUUUGAGAUUUGGCCUAUUGGAAUACUGAUGAUGUUUUGGAACGUGCAGUGUGUGGGAAUUUGAAACUAAAGUGAAGAAAGAAAAUUCAAGAUGCUUGGCAACUUUGACAGCACUUUCUCUUAUGAUUGACACUUCAUGCAACAGAUGCAGUGUAGAUAUGGUUAAUUUUUAUGCUUAUGGCUUCCGUAUAAUUUUGUUAAUUGAGUCUAAGUGUGGGCAUAAAUCAUAAUUGUUUGUGUUUAUCAAGUAAAUUGCCCUGGAAGUGUCAUUUGUUGAAACUUAUGUCCUCCACUGUUUUCAUUAUUCUCCAUCCAGGAUUUACUAUUACACGUAUUAAAAUACGAGUCUGUUUAAAUAGUGCUGGAUGAGAACUAACUCCUGCUUAUGAAGAAUGUAGCAAUUAAGUGACUUAACAUUUUUGACUUCACAGAAUUAUGUAUAGAAAGUUUUUGUCGAUGCUCAUAUUGCUCAUUUUAUUCACAAAUGUAUAUCCCCUUCUUUAUUAGUAGAGAGGAAGAAUUACAAAAGGUUUGCUGCUAUGAUAUUUGUGUGACAGUAGUAAGAGGAGAUGAAUGGUUUGUCAUAGGUUGAUGUUAAUGACAUUCAGUACCUAUUUUAUAGAGUUAUUGCAUUAUUACAUGAAGAAUUGUUUAGGCAGUCUAAUUUCAUGUACCUGUUAUUUUCUCUGCCCUAAAAGAUCACUGGAUGGCACCUACUACAUAACUGUAUGGCAAAACGGCAAUGGCUAUCAUGUGCUUGAAAUCAGUUUUUGCUCAAGUCAUAUCCGUAUGUAUCACAUUCUUAAUGUAUAAAAUUUUGAGUUAUCAAAUUUUUUUCCAAAAUUUUGUGUUAAGUCUUUUAAAAACUGUAACCAUUAAUUUUAAUGCUCAGUGUCCUUGUUUUGGCAUUGUUAGUGUUUUUUGAGUAAAUGAUUGUUGUGUAAAGAGCAGUAUAAUUAAUAUUUGCAAUGUAGUUUUAAUUAGGUACAUAGAAUGUAUUGAUAAUUAAGUAGCAACAGUAUAGUAAAUGACAUGGCCCUCAAGCAAUGGUUUGCAUGUUUCUGAUUCAAUGUAACUUUGUAACAUGUAAUUGUCUAAAUGUUUUAUUUAAAUAUUGUAAGCUCUUUUAGUAAAUUGUCUAUGGAUUGGAAAGUUUAUUCAUGUAAACUCAGUUGACAAAAGACAAGUUUAACUGUAAACAAUAGGUGAAACUUUCUGUAUUGUUGUGAUGUUGACACUUGUACCAUUCAGUAUGGUUUUCUUUGGGGGGGGGGGGGGGGGGGGUUGCAACAACUUCAUACAUGUUAACAAAGUUAUUACAAUCAGAGUCGUCAUGUUGCACACAUUUUUGUUUGGAGUUGGAAGAUUGUUGUGUUUAUUACAGUAGAUGUUUAGCAUGCGACAUUUAUAAAUAAGCAUUUCAAAUUCUUUCUUUUUUGGUAUUCACUUUUGUUGCUUGGGGGUCAUAUUGCAGUAUUAAUUUUGAUACAUUGCUUCAGAGAAUAAUUUCGUUUUUGAUGUGAACUUUAUUUUACUAUAAGCGGAGGUCAUACGUGUUUUGUGGUAUUAAUUCCUGCAUAAAAGAUGAUUGACUUCAUUAGGACUUCACAGAAAACAGUGUUUUGGAUCACAUUUUUUCAAGCAUGAUAGCAGGAAACCUCUUUUAACAAUACAAUAUUUAUAUUAUUGCAAACUCAUUUCAUAAUGCUUUGAUACGACAUAACAUGCUUAGUAACUUCUGCUAAACAAAUGUGUGUACUAAGAGAUAUUUCUUUUGCCUCUGUUAAAAUAUUGUCCUAUUUGAAGAUUGUGUCCACAUUUUAUGUCACCGCACCACUGUUACAUGACCAUUGUUUGUGUGUGUUUAUGGGCGGAAGUAAAUUGCCGUACUCAUUGCAGUUACACUAGAACUUCAGUAGCUUAGAAAUGUAAGGGGCCCCUGCAGUGUUUUCCUAGCUGUAAUACAUUUCUGCACAUGAUUGGGUAUAACUGUCCAAGUUGUAAUUAGAGGAAUCAGAUGUGUUUUCAUUUUUGGAAGUUGUAAAGAUAAUUUUUUUAAGUUCUCAUGAAUCAUGUUUGCAGUCUUCAGAAUAAUGCAAGAAGACAGCUUAUAGUCCGUUCUGUCGUUGGAAAAAUAAUAAAUAUUUUUACUUAUUGCAAUUUUAAUAUUAUAAAGUUGGCUCUUUCUGUAAUUUACAUUUGACUUCACUGAUUCUAAGUCAAAUGCCUGAAAAUCUAUUUAAAACUAAAUUUUUAUCAUAGUCACCUUGUGUGUAAUUUUGUGUCAGUGUUAGAAAUGUUUCGAUCUCUAUGAAUUUAUUAGUUGUAACAUCACAAACAUGAGUGUGUGUGUGUGUGUGUGUGUGUGUGUGUGUGUGUGUGUGUGUGUGUUAGUUUAUAUAGUGUCAGUAUCUAAAAUGUGACAUACAUUUUAUUACAUUUUUUUUAUCAUUUGCCUGAAGAGCCAAUAUUUAAGAGUUUAAUUUGCAUGCAGUCUUAACAAAUAAAUUGUAACAUUAUUGUUCAGUUUUCCUCCUAAGAUACUGUCGUUGCAUUUCAUGUGCCUGUAUAGCUAUCCAUUUUGUGUGUAACUGCUUUGUUUCUUUUACCAGAUUCUGUGAUGAAAAACAUGUAUGAACUAUUCUCAGGGAUUGAACUAUAUGUCAUAAUGUAUAGACAUACGUUCUAUAUCUCUCUCCUUAUAUGUAGAUUUUUCAUAUAUGUGUUGGCACAGCCCAUCCCUUUCUUCAAGCAAUCUGCAGACCACAGAGGAAACACUUACAGAUUUGCAGUCACUUCAGAUUAAGACGUCUGUUCUAGAUUGAGACAGCAUUCUAAAAUCAUGUUAUUGUCUCCAGUUACCAAGCAAGCUCUGUAUGCAGCUUGGCAGAUUAUGUUGGUUGAUGAGAAUGAAAGGUUCACAGUUUUUCUCAAGUCAGUGUUGCAGUUAUAUAUCUGUUUGGCUGCAUUCCUCACUGUUAUAUUCCACACAGUUAACAUGUGUACAGUCCAUAGUUAAAUAUUUGACAGUUAUCAGUAGUAUGAUCAUGAAGGAAACAUUGGAGAAAUCCUCGUAUGAUUAUAAAGGAAACAUUGGAGAAAUCCUCUGACAUUACUGCUUGUACUCUAUUUUUGAAUGAAGUAAUUGACUCUUAAACUAUAAAUUAUUUCCAAUCCUCCCACUCCCUUUCAGUUAUCCAGCUAUUUUACAUAGAUACAGAUUUUGCGGUAGAUACUUCCAAGAUUUUACCUAUUGUAUCCUUUCAGCAACUUUUGGAAAUUCAGGUUUAACACCAGCUGUGGCAGGCGAAGGAACUCCGCUCCACCCCACCCCACCCCUCUCCUCUCCUCCCUAAUGGCAGUACUAAAAAAAAUUGUGUGGCUAAGAAAAGAGAGUGUUCAUGGUGACACUGUAAAGAAACAAUAGAGCACUUAGUGAAUUAUGCCUUUGUGCCAAACUCAAGAUUAUUGAUUUGUGAGGUAACAGUAAAUAUGAGAACAGCAGAAUUGUUGGAAUGGAAAAAUUUAACAGUUUACAGAAAUAAUUGGUAAAACAAAGCAAGAAUGCAAUUAAGUUUUGAUUGUAGAGGAUUCAAACAAUGGAAAAUCUAAGAUGGAGUGUGACAAUAUUACGGAAAAGAUAGUUGCUACUCACCAUAUAGCAGAGAUGCUGAGUCGCAGAUAGGCACAACAAAAAGACUGUCAGAAAGUGAGCAUUCAGCCAACAAGGUUUUCAUUGGAAAUAGACAAUGUACACACACACACACACACACACACACACACACACACACACACACACACACACACACGUGUGAGUUGUGCUUGCAUGAGAGAAUGUUGGUAUAUCUCGUCUAUUUCCAACAAAUGCCUUGUUGGCUGAAAGCUCACUUUUUGAGUCUUUUUGUUGGGCCUAUCUGCAACUCAGCAUCUCUGUUAUAUGGUGAGUAGCAAUUUUCCUUUUCAUAAUAUUAUAGAGGAAUUACCACACGAGGGAAAAUAUUUUGUGUACAAGCUGAAACAACAGCAUUCAAAUGGCAUAUCCUCAAUAAUGGGACAUAAUUUACAUUGUAAUGCUUUUGUUUUUGCUGUAAUCUUAGUUUCUGUUAUGUUUUUGUCCAUCAAUUGAACAGUGUCUUACCAACUAUUUUAGUUCUGUUCUAUGUUAUAAGAUCAGGGAUAGGGAAACAGGUGUUGCAUUGGGGGCAUUGAGAAAUCUUUGAUUUCCACAUAAUAUGACUGUCUACUCCCAUUUCUCACAUUUUCCUGCACCACAUGCUAUUUGUAGUGCCUAUAUAUUAUACUUAUCAUACUACACUGGUAUAUCUGUUACUUAUUCACGUUUGGUUGCCCACUAAGAAAUAUGUAACAAUGAAUGUGUAAGUUCUGUAAAAGUUUUGUAUUUGUAAUUUAUAUUUUCUUCAUUUUCUCAUUAUCAGCCUGUUGCCUGUGAAAUAUUGUUUGAAUCUGUAAAUGAUAUGUACAUAAUAUAACGCAAUGAUUUGUUAGUCAUGUUUUCUGCAUUGUAGACAAUCUUAAAAUUUUUUCAGGUAUUACAAGGUCUUUAACUUACUCUGACUCUUGGUUGUCUGUUUCAAAGUGAUGAUUUAAAAUUUUCUGUCAUAGACAGUAAAAAUGUUUUAACUAUCAAGAAGACACAUUAUUUGCUGCAAGUGGAGGGACAGCAAUUUGUUAUGAUAGUAGGACACAGACCAUUGUCUAAUCCAGUGUUCUGUCAUUUCCACUUCUGUGGCACUGAAGUAAAUGUAUCAUUUCUUCAUUGCUCGCAGUGUCUUAAAGAAGAAGGAAAAACUCUUUAUCGGAUACUUACAAAAUGUUUUGUCUUAAUGUUGUUGUUGUUAAAGAAAUGAUGUUUACAGGCACAACACCAAGACCUGUUAAGGCUGACAGUCCUGAUGUGGCAGGCAUUAACUCACCUCCCACAAAAACAUUGGUUUUUGCCCCCUAAAUUGUUUUUGUUUCACUUCCUUUCCUAAGAUCGUUUUGUAUCAGUUUUCUUUUCUAAAAUGGUUUGUAUACUCACAUACUGACUUCAUAUUGUACUUCUUUUGAGACAGUGCAGUGGUGUAUUUCAAAUAACAGGAUGUCUUAAAAUCAUAUUGUUUAAAGAUAUUACGUUUUCUAUCAUUUCAUCCCUUUUUAGUGGUAAAGCAUAUAUUAGAUCUAUGAAUAUUUAUUUAUUACAGGUCAGAAAAGUGAAAUGUAUUUAAAUAUGAUGUAGUCUAAAUUUUAUUGUUGUGUGUAAGAUGUGCUUAAGUGUACCUGUUGUUUAUGAGCAAUUUAAUAAAUGAUCUU